UUAUUUAAGAACACAGCUGGUUCCAUUGAAAAUCCAGAGUUGCAACCUAUAGCUGUCGAUGUAGCAAAAGAAUGCGCGGGUUUGCCCGGCUACAACUGAAAUCGCAAACCUCGACUAACGUAACAGGACUGACAACAAAUGUAUACUCAAGUCUGAAGUUGAGCUACGAACACUUGAAGGGAGUUGAAGUGAAGUCAUUUUUCUUGCUUUGUGGUUUAAUUUCUCAAAAUGAUAUCAGUAUUAGGGACUUGUUGAAAUAUGGUGUGGGUCUGCGAUUAUUUCAAGGAACUAAUACAUUGGAAGAGGCGAAAAAUAGAAUAGAUACAUUGGUUGACAACCUCAAAUCCUCAAAUUUUUUACUAGAAACUGGCCAUAAUGCAGUUGUUAGAAUGCAUGAUCUUGUUCGGAGUACUGCCAGAAAAAUUGCAUCCGAUCAACAUCAUGUGUUUACACUCCAGAAUACUACUGUAAGAGUGGAAGGAUGGCCAAGGAUAGAUGAACUCCAGAAGGUCACCUGGGUAAGUCUGCAUGACUGUGAUAUUCGUGAACUUCCAGAAGGGCUGGUAUGUCCAAAACUUGAACUUUUUGGAUGUUAUGAUGUAAACACCAAUUCGGCAAUGCAAAUCCCAAACAAUUUUUUUGAAGAGAUGAAGCAACUCAAAGUAUUAGAUUUAUCUCGAAUGGAACUUCCAUCGCUGCCCUUAUCAUGUCAUUGCCGUACAAAUCUUCGAACAUUAUGUUUGGAUGGAUGCAACUUGGGAGAGAUUGUUAUAAUUGCAGAGCUAAAGAAAUUAGAAAUUCUUAGCCUUAUGUAUUCUGAUAUUGAAAAGUUGCCCAGAGAAAUAGCACAGUUGACUCAUCUGAGGCUGUUCGAUUUGAAGGGUUCUUACAAACUAAAAGUAAUUCCACCAGAUGUCAUAUCAAGCUUGUCCCAAUUAGAGGAUUUGUGUAUGGAAAAUAGCUUUACUCAAUGGGAGGGGGAAGGAAAGAGUAAUGCUUGCCUUGCUGAGUUGAAACAUUUGUCUCACUUAACCUCUUUGGACAUACAAAUACCAGAUGCCAAGUUGCUGCCAAAAGACAUAGUCUUUGAUACCUUGGUGAGAUAUAGAAUAUUUGUAGGUGAUGUUUGGAGCUGGGGAGGAAUUUUGAAGCCAAUAAAACAUUGAAGCUCAACAAGUUCGAUACAAGCCUCCAUCUGGUGGAUGGUAUCAUCAAGUUGUUGAAGAGAACCGAAGAUCUACACUUGCGUGAAUUGUGUGGUGGUACUAAUGUUCUUUCCAAAUUAGAUGGGGAGGGUUUUUUAAAAUUAAAGCAUCUCAAUGUCGAAAGCAGUCCAGAGAUUCAAUAUAUUGUGAACUCGAUGGAUCUGACUCCAUCACAUGGUGCCUUUCCUGUUAUGGAGACAUUGUCUCUCAAUCAGCUGAUUAACUUACAAGAAGUAUGUCGUGGCCAAUUUCCAGCAGGGUCCUUUGGUUGCUUGAGAAAAGUGGAACUGAAAGAUUGCGAUGGCUUGAAAUUUCUCUUCUCGUUGUCUGUGGCUAGAUGCCUUUCCCGACUUGUAGAAAUAAAAGUAACUAGAUGCGAGAGUAUGGUUGAGAUGGUUUCCCAAGGAAGGAAAGAAAUAAAAGAAGAUACCGUUAAUGUGCCUCUGUUCCCUGAAUUGAGACACUUGACAUUAAAGGACUUACCCAAGCUCAGUAAUUUCUGCUUUGAGGAGAACCCGGUGCUCUCAAAGCCUGCAAGCACAAUUGUUGGUCCUAAUACACCACCUCUCAACCAACCGGAGAUCAGGGAUGGCCAACUUCUGCUUUCCUUGGGCGGCAACCUCCGGUCUCUCGUCUUGAAGAAUUGCAUGUCACUAUUGAAACUAUUCCCACUUAGUUUGUUACAGAAUUUGGAAGAACUAAUAGUGGAAAACUGUGGUCAGCUGGAACACGUAUUUGAUCUUGAAGAGCUAAAUGUUGAUGAUGGGCAUGUUGAGCUCCUCCCUAAAUUAGGAGAACUGAGGUUGAUUGGUCUACCAAAGUUGAGGCAUAUAUGCAACUGUGGCAGCUCCAAAAAUCAUUUCCUUUCUUCCAUGGCUUCUGCUCUUGUAGGCAAUAUCAUAUUCCCUAAAUUAAGCGAUAUUACACUGGAAUCUUUGCCCAACCUCACAAGCUUCGUCUCCCCUGGAUAUCAUUCCCUCCAAAGGCUUCACCAUGCAGACCUUGAUACCCCCUUCCCGGUGUUCUUUGAUGAAAGGGUUGCAUUUCCUAGCUUGGAGUUCUUAUAUAUCGAGGGACUGGAUAAUGUGAAAAAAAUAUGGCCCAACCAAAUUCCUCAACAUUCCUUCUCCAAACUAGAACAUGUGACUGUAUUAUCAUGUGGACAAUUGUUGAAUAUUUUUCCAUCUUGUAUGCUGAAAAGGUUACAGAGUCUACAGAUGCUGAUGGUAGAGGAUUGUAGUUCAUUAGAAGCGGUUUUUGAUGUGGAAGAGACAAAUGAAUGUGGAUUGUAGUUCAUUAGAGAAUACAAACGUAUUCCCUAAAAUAACUGAUCUCUCUCUCUCCAAUCUACCUCAACUCAGGAGUUUCUACCCGGGGGCACAUACUUCACAGUGGCCAUUGUUGGAACAACUGCAGGUGUUGGACUGUCAUAAACUCAAUGUAUUUGCAUUCGAAACUCCAACAUUCCAACAAAGACAUGGUGAGGGAAAUCUUGAUAUGCCCCUUUUCUUGCUCCCACAUGUUGCAUUCCCAAAUUUGGAGGAAUUAGAAUUGGGUCUCAACAGAGAUACAGAAAUAUGGCCAGAGCAAUUUCCAGUGGAUUCCUUUCCCAGACUAAGAGUUCUGUGUGUAUAUGACUAUAGAGAUAUUUUGGUUGUGAUUCCUUCCUUUAUGCUUCAAAUAUUACAUAAUCUAGAAAAACUAGAAGUGGGAGAAUGUAGUUCAGUCAAAGAGGUAUUCCAACUUGAAGGAUUUGACGAGGAAAAUCAAGCCAAGAGGCUUGGACGGUUAAGAGAAAUAAAGUUGGAUGAUCUUCCUGGGCUGACACAUUUGUGGAAGGAAAACUCAAAACCAGGCCUUGACUUGCAGGGUCUAGAGAGUCUUGAAGUGUUGGAUUGUGAAAAAUUGAUCAAUUUGGUACCAUCCUCAGUAUCUUUCCAAAAUCUAGCUACUCUAGAUGUGCAGUCUUGUGGUAGUCUGAGAAGUUUGAUAUCACCCUCGGUAGCUAAAAGUCUGGUAAAACUCAAAACACUCAAAAUAGGUGAAUCAGAUAUGAUGGAAGAAGUAGUUGCCAACGAAGGAGGGGAAGCAACAGAUGAGAUUACUUUCUACAAAUUACAACACAUGGAGCUUCUGUAUUUGCCAAACCUCACAAGCUUCAGUUCAGGUGGUUAUAUAUUCUCAUUCCCAUCCUUGGAGCAGAUGCUGGUGAAAGAAUGCCCCAAGAUGAAAAUGUUCUCACCAAGGCUAGAAAGAAUAAAAGUGGGAGAUGAUGAGUGGCCUUGUCAGCAUGAUCUGAAUACCACCAUCCAUAAUUCGUUUAUAAAUGCACAUGGUAAUGUUGAGGCUGAGAUUGUGGAAUUGGGAGCUAGUUCGGCAUUAUGAUUACAUCAUGUCUUGUUCUUGGGAAUGUUACUCUUUGGCUGGAUUGAUUCCAUGUUAAUGCAAUAUGUAUCACUCUAUCUCAAUCAAUUUGGUUAUAUUUUAGGUUUA